AGUCUGUGUGAUCUGCUCCCUGAAUCUUCCACAAUGUUCCGUACCAGACAGCUCCCGGGCACAUCUGUGUUAUUUUGCUAGGGUCGUAGCUAUGAAUUGCAACCAUUCAAAGGACCCUGCCUGAACCGUUUGGAUCUUAAUGGAAGCUAUGUCACCUCAACAGGACAAUGUAGGGCAACAUCGAUCCUCUUCCUUGACUGGAGAACCCAAGUUACCUGGAAUUACAGAAAAUAAAAAGAAAAUGAAGAGCUUGGCACAGAGACGUCAGUCUGCACCAUCUCUAGUGCUGAGCAAAGCACUUAACAAAUCAAGGACCAUAUCUAAGGAAAGCUGCUUUUCACCUGUGAGUCCAGAAACGUGCCCGCUCGUGCAAACCUUUCUCUGUCCCAGUCGCGCAUUCAUAUUGCACAGCCCUGUUCAGCUGAAGACGGGUCUGCAGACUCAGGACCGGCAUCUCUUCCUCUUUACAGACAUCAUGAUAAUUGCAAAGUCAAAAUCACAAUCUCACUACAAACUUAAAAACCAUGUCCGUGUGAGCGAGAUGUGGACAGCAUCCUGUAUGGAAGAGGUGUGCGAGGGCAGUACAUACCCAGAGAGGUCUUUUGUCCUAGGCUGGCCUAUCACAAACUGUGUCGCAACAUUCAGUACUCCAGAAGAAAAGGAAAAAUGUCUUGCUGUCCUACAGAGGCGGAUCAGUGAAGAGAAAGAAAGUGAUCACCCAAAAAUAAUUCCUCUGAAGAUUAUAACAAAAGACAUUGGAAACUGUGCCUAUUCUAAAACUAUAACCGUAACCAAUGAAGACUCCGUGAUUGAUGUUAUCAGAAUGGCCCAACAAGCUUUUGGCAUCGAGGGCUCUGCUACAGAUUACCAGUUGUGGGUCACCUCGGGCAAAGACGAUGCACCUUAUCCUCUUAUAGGGCAUGAAUACCCGUAUGGGAUAAAAAUGAGCCACAUCCGUGAUGCAGUACCUGUCAACACAGAGGGGCUCUUCCUAAUGGAGCAGCUGCCUCGAGAGAUGCAGUGUCAGUUCAUACUGAAGCCAAGUCGUCUGGCCGUUUGCCACCACCUCUCUGAUCCAAGCCAGAAGCCAUAUAAAAGGAAACGUUCUAUUAUAAACUGGACCUUUUGGAGAGGAUCAAACUCUCAUCUAGAUAAUGUACCAUUGUCUCCAACCUCUUCAGCUCCAGGAAAGCUAUUUGGCAUUUCAUUGCCUUCCAUCUGUGAGAAUGACAACCUGCCAAAGCCUAUCUUGGAUAUGUUGGCUUUUCUUUGUCAGGAGGGACCAUUCACUAGAGGUAUCUUCAGACGAUCUGCUAAUGUAAAGUCUUGCAAGGAAAUGAAAGAGAGGCUCGAUUCAGGAGGUGACGUUAACUUUUCAUGCGAGUCCGUAUUUGUCACAGCAUCAGUGUUUAAGGAUUUUCUGCGGAACAUCCCAGGGGGUAUCUUUUCAUCAAAACUGUAUGACAAGUGGAUUUCCGUUAUGGAUCAAGGCAGUGAACAAGAUAAAAUAAUAUCAAUUCAAAAGUUACUCGAGAAGCUUCCACAAGUUAAUGUUUUGUUGCUGCGUUAUUUGUUUGGAGUCUUACAUUGCAUAGAAGAACAUUCUGAAACCAAUCAAAUGACGGCCUUUAAUUUAGCCGUGUGUAUUGCUCCCAGCCUGCUGUGGCUGCCUAGUCCUUCAACUGCAGAGAUAGAGGGCGAGUUCACAAGAAAGGUGUCAGUGCUUGUACAGUUCCUUAUAGAGAACUGUUCCAUGAUUUUUGAAGAUGAUAUUUCAUUAUUAUAUGAACAUUUUUCAGCAAAGGAUGAUAACAGAGAAGAUAUCUCAGAUGUUUGUUCUUUCAAACAGAUUGACUCAUCUUAUGACAGUCUGGAAAAUGAGCUGAAUGAUGAGGCAGAUUCCCCCAUCAGUGGACCAACUAAGAAACUCGGCUGUAACAACAGGAGUAGAGAUUCUGUGUUGAGCUUAAGCGACUGUGACUUGGAUCACCCUGAUACUGAAGAGUCUCAAACCGAGCUCGGCAUGGAGUCGCAUCCUCAUAGAUUAUCUACCGUCUUACAUCAUACAUCUGCAUCUCAUGAACAGUCUGAGAAUGAAUCACUUUGCUCCAAUACUUCUGGAUACUCAUCAACUACAGAUGCUCUAAAAGAUUUGAGACGGCCAAGACGAUGCUCUGAGCCAGCCAUAGGGAUACUUGUAUCUCGGUUCAGCCAUCUUAAUGAGUCUCCCCAUGAGAAUGCAGUACGUAAAGCAAGUUGUGAUGAUGUCUUGUCUCAGUCUGCAGACGAAUAUCUAAAGCAGCAUCUCACUUUACAAGUAGAAGGCCAGAAACUGAUUGAUCGUAGUCUCACCUUGGGAAUUAAUGUGGGUAAAACUAGCAAUAAAAAACGAACAGCUGACAAUACAAACACUCCCAGUAGACUAUUACCCCCCUCUUCACUGAGACUUAAUAUUUGCUCUAGAACUAGUUGUUCUAGUCUGUCCUCUCCUGGAACCUCUCCUUCUGGAUCCUCUCUGAGUUCCUUAGACAGCGCUUUUUCACAGUUUUCUGAUUAUUCAGUGUUAACUCCAAAUGAGGUGCCUUCUCCUUUAGACUGCCCUGUACGAUCAUAUAAAAAACAAUUAGAGCUUACUCCAGAUUUUUCAUUUGUUGGGUUUACAAUUGAUGAAAAUGAGAAGCAAUCUCACAAAAAUAAUUCACUAAUAACUGGAAAGGAUGGUGUCAGUCGGUCAUGUCACCCAAAUUCUGUUAAUAUUCAUGCCAAAUUAUGCUUAAAUGAAGCCACACCUACUGUAAAAAACUGGCCACCAAGAACAAAAGAAAAGGUAACAGGGCAAGAUGGAAAACACAAAAUUAUUACAACAGUGACUUAUGAAGAACCACAAGAGAUUAGUUUUAGCAUUUCAGAGGAACCCUUUUUUCAAAAACAGAUGAAUGUGCCAAAAACAGAUUUUGAAUCCAAGCUCCAUUUUUCAUGUACAAAUCAUGAGAGUUGCAAGCAGGAUGCUUCUCUAAAUAGUCUGGAUUUAUUUUAUGAAAAUGGUAGUAAGAGGAAACUUGCGGUCAAGCAUCUUGUAAUAGACAAAGAUACUGUGGAAAAAGAUGGUACUAGUACAAAUAACAUGGAAUGCAGUUCUUUUCUUUUUCCAUCUCCUGUGUCUAUAAACAUUGAAAUAUCUUCACAAAGCCAGAACACACUUAUCCCUCAAACAUUUUUUUAUGGGCAGGAUUUUCCAUUGUAUAACCAGUCACAAAGGAGGCAAUCUACAAACUCUUUCAGUGUUGACGAACCCCGGGUUCUGACUUCAACUCUGAAAAGUUGUAGCGAGCAAUCCAUUAAUGUUGGUGAGGAUUCCAUUGCUGGUGCGAAGGAUGUUACAACAAAGUCUACAAUUGGUAGAGACAUUAGCAUUCGUGUUGCCAAUUUUAAGAAAAAUAAAAUUUUGCCUUCUAAUGUGGACACUGGACUUAAAAUUGCCAAUUGUGACUUGGAGAAAAACUUUUGUGUAUCUCCAAAGCAAACAACCACUACAGCAGACUUUUUCUUUCAACCUGAGAUGCAUAAAAAUGUUCAACAAACUCAAGAGUGUGUCAAUACUGUAAUUCAGAAAGGCCAAGAAUGGCAAUUAAAGAGAUGUACUGAUUCUAAGUUUGAAGAUAUAGACCAAAGUUUUUUUGCUGAAGAAUCUUAUGUGUAAACUAGUUCUUUGUAGGUCAGUAUUCAAACAUACAACAUGCUUAACUCCUUGGGUACCAGGUAGAUAUGUUAGCACAUGGUUAAUUCUAAAUGGCAUAUAUACUAUAUAUGUUAAAGAUAAACUUUUUUUUAAUAUCUAAAUAAGGAUAAGGCUAUAAACAAGGGCUCCAAAAUAAAAAUGAGUAUAGUAUUUAUUACAUUGAGGCAUGACGGUACAUUUUGCUUCUUAACUACUUUCUUUUAUAUUAGAAAGUUACCAGAUUGGUCUUGCAAUAAAGAAAACAAUGUUGUGUUGGAUUUUCUACAUGUUUUAGGGUUGAUUUCCCACCUACUGAAACUAAUUCUCAAUUCUGAUUGGUGGUUUGUUGGGCUUUUUUGCAGUGAAUUGAGAGAGAUCAGUUAGUCCAUCCAAGCAGUGUGUUCUUUAUAAAUUAGCACUUUCUCUAAGAUAUCAGAUCUCCAACUUGCUUCCUACCACAAGUGUCUUAGCCUAUUAGGUGCCAGAAUGCUGUGUUGCUUGUCUCUCUGGCAGCCAAAGGUUAAUAAACACAACAACACAUAAAGGAGAAUGGUGAAAUCAUAGAGGUCCAAAACAAUAUCUGUAUUGUUUUUAGAAGAUCAAUCUUUUAAGCUUUAAAUAUAUACUGAAUUAUAUUAAAGUAACCAAUCAACGCAAUAAUAUGGUUAUUUCCUUAAUGGGUUUCCCUGUUGGAGCAAUUAAUGAUCAAUCAAACCCCAAAACAUGUGGGUGAGAUAUUAAUGGUUAAAAAGUGAUGUCCUCCUUUGUUAAGGGACCAAAUGUGUUGAGUUCUUUAUCUUUGAGCACUUAAACAUGCAUGUCAGCCAGAAUAUAAACUGCUCUUAAGCCUGAUAAUUUAAUUCAGUUAUACAAAUUGCCUCGCCUAUGCUAAAGUACAAACCUGGCAGCAAUGUGAAGUAUUUUGUUACCCCAUAAUAAAGAUACACUGUUGUACAAUGCACUGGGAGGACAGGGGUGGCAUACUAAAUUAGUUCAUUUUCAGGAUUAACAAAUGAUUUAUGGAAAUAAGUUGCUGCCAUUUUAUUAAACAACAAUUAUAUAAAAUGCUUGGUUGUUGUUUUAUGCUGCCCUAGGUCUAAAUUUACUAAAUGCCUCCCUCCCAAUGCUUCUUUUAGUCUAAUUUAUUAUAUAUUGAGAAGACAGGCAAGUGUGAUAAUUAGCUAAUUGCCUUCUGUCCUUUCACAUUUUUGCAUCUCUUUCCCAAUGCUUAGAUGGGGGGUUUUCAGACUACACUGUACAUUUCAAUUCAUGUAAAAGUUUAUUCACUUGAACUAAACAAAUGUUUUGAAUGACAAAGUUACCAAUGUAUGGUAAUCAAUAUCUGACAGCUCACUAUAGGCACUAUGGAAAGCAUUAAUACUACUUUUUUAUGAUGCUGUAACAUUAAACAGUGAAUUCUAACCUUAUCCCACCUUGUUCUGAUUUGUCAUGAAAAUUGAUGAUAACUGUCAAGAUUUUGUCAAUUUAUAUUUUAAAAACAGAAAACCCAAGUUUCAAUGGAUAAAAAGAAGCCAUUUCUAAUUUAUAAACCAGGUAGAAUUUGCACACAUUUUGUCAGGGUCAUCAAUGAUGGUUUAUUUAAUCUCUGAUUGUUAAAUGUUUUAAUCAAAUGUACUAUUUCCGUAGCACUUGACAAAAGCUUUUUCUUGCCUGUUCCACCAGAGAUUCUGAGUUUUGACCAAAAUCAUUUUAUUAGACAGGACAUGCUUUGCUAGCAUUAAACUAGAAUUGAAGGUUUAGGUUUAAAGAGUUGAUUUUGCCCAACGAAAAAUCACCAGUAUUCACUGUACUCUACCCUGGCAAAGACAGUAAUAACUUCCACAAAAGUGGAGUUUGAUUGUAAUAGUCAGUCCUUUGGGUUCACCAUCCCUUUAAUAGUUUAGCAUCAACUUUCAAGAUAUUGUCACUUUAAGCCUAGUUGACAGACAUUUCUGUAAAGGGACAUUGUUUAUUUUCAAUACCAAAAGCAACAUAUAUGGGGUUUUUUUGCAGACCUUUUGUCCAGUGAUUCCAACUGAGCGUAAUGUGUUCCCAUAGCAAGAGUUUUAUAGUGUUUACUAUGUGAAGGGUGUUUGUCCUCUGUAGUAUAAAAGUCAUAUUUGGGAACCUCAAAAACGCUUCACAUUGGGGCCAAAUUCUACUGGGUGUCAAUCUAAGGAUACAAAUGGAAAUUUGCACCAACAUGAUGAUUUACAAACAUUUCUGUAUAAAAUUUCACAAGUUUGUAACCAUUUAUGUCCAAUUUUAGUUAGAUUGGGUUUUCAGUGCUUUCUAAUUGAAUACAGUUUGUCUCACUUAGACCAACAUAAAAACAUAUUUAGUUCUGUUUUCCAGUUGCCUAAUUGGACCAUACAUUUAGUUAACUAGUUUCAAUUUAUUAAUUACAUCAAUUCAAUUAGAAAAUGAGCACUGAAAUUUAUUAAUCAAAUUACAGAAUUAAAAAAAAAAUUAUGCUGAUUUCCAUGUGUUUGCAACCUGUGCAAAUUAUUUAAACAAAUAUUAGAGAAUUGGUAUACUGAUUAACAGUAUUAUUAUAUAACAUUAGUUUCAAAUUUGACCAUUUUUAGAAAAAAAUAACUUUAAAAAGUAAUACUUGAAAACUGUGUGCAAUUAAGGUAAAGAGCACGUUACACAAGUUCUAGUUGCGCCUACCCUGUUUAGCAUUCAGCUAAAUAUUUGCACAUAAUUAGGCAAACUAGAAACAAGUGAAACUGUGCUUUUAAACUAGUGAAAUCAGUUGCGUUCUAAGUUUAGACACUAAAACAAAAUGAAAAUUGGAUGAAAUGUAUUAUUCCACCUAGAGCAAAGACUUGUAAGCACAGCUGCCAAUAUUCAUACCAUUGCGGUUGUAUUGUUUGUCUGCACGGUUAGAACAUUUGAUAUAAUCAUAAUUAUAUCAUUCUUUUACCCAAGGAGUCCCUCAUAUCUGCGCUAUUGAGAUAUCCUGUUAAUAUUUCAAAUUGUGAAUUGUUAGUGUUGCAUUAUGUGCUAGAAGCCAUAACUGUGUAGUUUGUAAUGCAGUAUAAAAUAUUUAAAGUAUGUCAACAGUCUCAUUUUCUCAUGUUUGUAUAAUAUGUCUUGAUGUAUUUUGCCAUUAUUAUAUUACGCUGUUAUUAAAAGAUGUGUAUUUUUGUACUUGCAGAAACUGCUGCUAACUUUAUAAGGUCUGUUUGUUGUUACAGCACUGAUAAUAAUAUAUAUAUGUAUUCUAUUAUUAAGUAAAAUAAAUCCAUGGUAUUGUAAUUUAA